CCCAGCAGAGGAUGGAGCAACUGACUCUGGUGGAGGCCAUCUUGGGUUAUCCUCUUCCCAUUGGAUUUGAGGGUGCCGCAAUUUGCCCCCCCCCAGCCACUGCCAGAGGCUGUUGUGUGACCUCUUGCCUCUCAGAGAGGUGGUCUUCUUGGCGGUUCCCCCUGAGCCAGCUCCCCGCUGGCCACAGGUGUCCUCAGUUGAACUGGGAGGCAGCAGAAGCUCUGGCACAGCUGAGCACAAGAGUCUGGCUGGUCAGACUGAGCGACUCGGAAGGCGGACUCUGUUGACACUUGAGGAGGGCCUCGUUUCCCUUCCCUGCUCCUGGAGCACUUCUUAACGGAGGCCUGUUUCACACCAGCAGGUGGGUCUGCUGGCUGCGUCUGUUAAGAUAGCGAUGGGGAACCUGUGACCUUCCAGAUGUGGUUGGAUCACAACUGGUGGACACCCAACGAAGCUGAGCAUUGGGAGACUCAGCACAGCAUUGUCCUAUGGAACUCCCUCCCACUGGAGGCAGGGAUGGCCACCAACUAGGAUGGCUUGAAAAGAGGAUUGGACAAAUUCAUGGAGGGCUCUUCUUAGGUUCUUCAUCCCUGACAGAUGGCCAUCCAACCUCUGCUUAAAAACCUCCAGGGAAGGAGAGUCCACCACCUUCCAAGGGAGUCCAUUCCAUUGCUGAACAGCUCUUACAAUUGGUUGUGUCCUUCCCUUCCCAGCCCAUCACCAUAAGGUUCCAGAGCAGUCAACAGCAGUGUAGACAUAUAUUAAGAUCACCCAACAGGGAGAAGGAUGUUCUUCUAGGAGCUUGUCCUCCUCUCGAGUAGGACCCUGGCAGAGACACAUGCCCGAUUGGCAUGUUCCCUCCCUCCUGCUCGAUCGUUCAGGAGCUUCAAAAGCUUUCUUCAGCCCGAACAUCACAGCGACCAAUGCCAACCAACACCGGUACACUUAGGGAUGCGCAGAGUCUUUGCAGCUUGCGUAACAGACCUCAGUAACUUAGCAUUUUGGCUAAUCUACUUUAUUUACAUAUAAAGACACACGGAGCACUGCAACAUGGCUCCCUCUCUCUCUAGCAUCAGACAGCAAAGAGAAAGAACAAAGGACAAUAGUCCAACUUCACAGAACACAGGAACACAAACAUCCUAUCUCCAUCACUUCCCACUUUGUGGAGUCAAAACACAAAAUACACCGUCAUGUGAAAGACAACAAUCCCAUGACUGCAAUCAUGGAGCAGGAAUUCUAACAGAUAGGGGCAGCUGAACCCUAAAGAGAUGGGUGCAAUCUCCUAGUGGAGAUGUCUACCCCAUUAGGCUGGCGUUCCACUUCAUGGGAAAGGCAGGGCAGGGCAAGGCGGGGGAUAUUCCCACUUCUUGGGUGCAGUUGACCCAAGUAUUUGGUGUCCUCAGGAGCUUCUGCUGUGGCCAUGGAGUCUCUGUUGACUGAGAUGUACAGCCUCAAUUCCCCCAAAGCCCCCACUGCCCAGUCCAUGUCAGAGAGGAGAGAGAUGGUGUCUGGGCUACGCUGGGACAGAAGAGACAACUGCAAAGCCAAGAGGGGAGACCACGCCUACCAGGUCAGUAGACCUACGCUGGUUGCAAGUUCAAGGUGUCAGUGUUAGUAUAGGUAAAAGGUAAGGUAAGGUAAAGGACCCCUGGAUGGUUAAGUCCAGUCAAAGGCAACUAUGGGGUUGCGGUGCUCAUCUCACUUUCAGGCCGAGGGAGCCGGCGUUUGUCCACAGACAGCUUUCUGGGCCCUGUGGCCAGCAGGACUAAACCGCCUCUGGCGCAACGGAACACCGUGACAGAAACCAGAGCGCACGGAAAUGCCGUUUACCUUCCUGCCACAGCGGUACCUAUUUAUCUACUUGCACUGGUGUGCUUUCGAACUGUUAGGUUGGCAGGAGCUGGGACAGAGCAGCAGGAGCUCACCCCGUCACAGGGAUUCGAACCACGACCUUCUGAUCGGCAAGCCCAAGAGGCUCAGUGGUUUAGACCACAGCACCACCCACAUCCCUACACUGGCGGAGGAAGAAGGGAGCGGGGGGAGCAUACCGCCCCCAGCAGCGUGAUCCUGGGGGGGGUGUGCCAUCACGGCUGCUCCCCCUGCCCGCCCUGGAUGCCAUGCCCCUGCAGGCGAUGGGCCACGCCCCCAGGACAUGCACCAACCACGCCCCUGCCUGCUUUCCACCUCCCAAUGCCAGAGCAUGAAGCUCCACCACUGUGUCCCUAUAGUGUUAGUAUAUACAGUGGUACCUCUGGUUAAGAACUUAAUUUGUUUGGAGGUCUGUUCUUAACCUGAAACUGUUCUUAACCUGAAGCACCACUUUAGCUAAUGGGGCCUCCUGCUGCUGCCACACUGUCGGUGCACGAUUUCUGUUCUCAUCCUGAAGCAAAGUUCUUAACCCGAGGUAUUUCUGGGUUAGCGGAGUCUGUAAGCUGAAGCAUCUGUUACCUGAGGUACCACUGUAAAGCCUUGAGCAACUUGGGACCAGUUUGCCUGCGAAAUCGCCUUACCCCGAGUGUGCCUACUCGACUGCUGCAAUCGGCAGAAUUGGCACUACUGCAAAUGCCGCUCAAUACCCAUUUUAGUGUGGCAUCUCCCACACUUUUGAACUCCCUGCCUGUUGAUACCAGGCAGGCGACUUCGCUACUCCCUAAAAACAGAUGGCGCAGUCCAGAUGAACCUCUGUUUUCUCCAUAUCUGCCCCCAGAAAAAGCAGCAGCAGCUGGAAGCCGGAGCGCGUGAGGAUCCAUUGGCGCAAGGAGCGGAAUAUGUGGAGCAGGUAGGGCCAAGGACGGGAAAGCCUUGCGGACUUUGUGCCCUCCAACCACACAAACACACACACGGCCUUACAAGGGUCCCAACCUUCUCUUUUUUUGUGCAUGUGUGUGUUUUUGUUUAUUAUUUUUUUAACAUAUCAUUUUCAACAAUAAUUAAAUAUACUUUUACAUCUUAUUCAAAGUUUUGACUUCCAUCAAUCCUGUCUGAAAAUUUUCCAAUCUAAUCGCUCAGUAUGCAUUUCUUUAUUUUCCCUAUUACAUUUCAAACUUAUAACCAAUAUCACUAUCUUUUUCUAGUUUUUAACACUUCGUAUAUUUCUCCUUACAAAACUUCUUGUAAUCCUACUAGCGUAAUUUGUUGAUUACAGUUGCUCUUCAAAUAAUUCAUAUACUUCUUCCAAUCUUCUGUAAAUCUCUGGUCCCGCAGGUUUCGAAUCCUUCCUGUCAUUUUGUCCAAUUCUGCGUAGUCCAUUAAUUUUGUCUGCCAUUCUUCUUUCGUCAGAAUUUCUUCUUGUUUCCAUUUCUGGGCUUACAAUGCUCUUGCCGCAGUUGUUGCAUAUAAAAACAAUUUAACAUCUUGCCUAUUAAUGUCCUGACCUAUAAUACCAAGUAAAAAUGCUUCUGGUUUUUUAAAAAAUGUAUAUUUCAACAUCUUUUUCAUCUCAUUAUAUAUCAUUUCCCAGAAGUUCUUUACUUUUUUACAUUUCCACCACAUAUGAUAAAAUGUUCCUUCUUUUUCUUUACAUUUCCAACCUCCUCCAUCGUUUCAUCCGCAGAGCAGCCAGAAGGUGAAGAGGCCUCUGCAGCAGGAAGCAAAAGGAGAAAAGUGCCGCCUUCAGGCAAGUGGGCAAUUCUGAAGCCAGGUAAAGGAUGUCUGGAGGUGGUGGUGGUGGAGGGAACAGCUGAACCACAAGGACACAAGGAGAGCCUUCUGGAUCAGGCCAGUGGCCCAUCACACAGGGACCAACCGCAAGCCUCAAUGGGAAACCAGCAAGCACUCAAACCUUCUCCUGGCCUGAGGAUUCUAGCAGCUGGUAUUGAUGGUACGGUCAGUGGAUGCCUCCACAGUCAGAGGCAGAAAUGCUUCUGAACAUGGCACAGCAUGGAGUGGGGGGUAGACUCAGGGACUUUUUUUUGAGGGACACAACCAGGUUCCCCCGUGGCAGGUGUUGUAAACAAAAAACUGCCCUUUCCCCCUUAUGGGGUAUCCAAGAGCCCGUACAGAGUCCUUACGUAGGUUCCCUAUUGGUAGGAGAAAAUAAGAGAGGCCAACCAGUCUUCGAGUGGGUGUUUGAUUUUCGUUGUUGUGUAUACUGUGUAUAUACGGACAAUGACAAUAAAUUUAUCUACAUCUACAUCUACAUCUAAUAUUGGGAAGCAAAGCAGCUAGUAAGCCUGAUCUUUAUUGAUCUGUUGCAACAGGGUCUCCCCUCACAAGCAGGAAAGGAGGAGGAACCCAGAACAAAGGUGUCCCCACCCUUAUAUAGACAUUUUAAAUUCCCUCCCUGGAGUCCAAGACCACCCACAGAAACAUCAUACAUACAUCACAGAAGGGGUGUAGCUCAAGACCCCCCCCCCGAUACAUCAUACUUACAUCACAGAAAGGGUGGUCUACAGCAGAAAUCUGAGUGCUUUGUUUACCUCCUGUCUGCCAGGUUACCUGUUUAAUGGUCACUUGAUUGGAUUGCCUGGGGAGCCUGGCCAGUCUUUUGCAAUGAUAAAUACUUAGUUCCUGAGCCAGGUCACAGCCUCAUACCCUAUUCAUAUCUUAAGAAGGAUUUGUGAAGGAAAAGACAAUGGGGAGGCUUUUCCAUUUUCCUUUGACUUUGCAGAGAAAACAUCCUGGAAGGAAGAACGGCAAAAGAGGCUUGAGCCCAGAAGUCAGCCUCUUUUCUUUUGGCCUUAGGCCCACCCCCGGCCGGCCGUCCAUUGUCCUCCCUGGCCGAGGGCGGGUCAAAGGCCAGCUCAAGCAGGUGGGUGGCACCGGCCCAGGUGAGCCUCGCUCGGUGCCGCAAACCCCGCCCACCUGUGGGGAAGGGAGGGUGGAUAUUCCUUUGACCUUGCAGAGAAAACAUUUGCUCAGUUUGGGAAUCAAAAUGGUUCCAGGUCGGUCUUCCUGUGCUGAUCUAUGUACGUGCUUGGUUGGUACACUUAUGAACAUUGAACAUAUAUCUAAGACCUCAAAAUUCCUAUCACACAGGCUGCCUCAUCGAGGGAAGCUGCGCCCGGGCCCAGCCUUCAGGGCUCCUUCUCCUUACGGCCACCCCUGGGCCAGCCAAAAGGGAAGUGGAGGCCAGUUGGCUGCAGCUCCACUUCUGCAUCAAACCUGCCCCCAGGGGCAGAAGCUGUGGAAAGGAGGACAGGCAGAGCAGUGGCUUUGCUGCCCCUCUCCUCUGCUGGGCUCCGGUGCAUGAGUGUGCCCCAUGGCAUGCCCACUUCCCCGAUGGGCAUGCACAGAGCCCGGCAAGCGAACCCACCCUGCACGGCAGUAGGAGAUGUUCUGCCCCUGCUCCUGAAUACCAGUUGCUGGAACCCACAGGAGGGGAGAAUGUUGCUCUUAUGCUCAGUCUCCCAUAAUGGCAGCUGUUUAGCCACUGUGAGAACAGGAUGCUGGUCUAGAUGGGCUGUGGGCCUGAUCCUGCAGGCUCUUCUUGUGUUCUUAUUGUGGGAUUGUUGGCAAUGCAAUGGAGCUAGGCGGCUCGGCUGAUGACGAUGCCUGAGAUGCUGUGUGCAUUCAUGUGUGUGUGUGGUGUGGUCAAUACAGCAACGCUGACUCUCUUUCCUGCAGGGUGGAGACCUCAUUCGGCAAGAGGAAGGGCUGGAGUCUAAUGGCUGGAGGCUGGACUGGGAGUCAGAGUCGGUCCACGAAGAGUGAGUACAGAAGCAUUUCUAGGGUCCAGCAGCAGCCUCCUUGCUGGCCGGGCCAAGCCAAGCCUCCUCUUUGGAGCAGCUUGGAGCACCUUGCCGUAAGGGUGUCACCUGCAUCUGGAAGGUGCAAAGGAGACCUGUAGCUUAGCAACAAGCAUCUCUCUCUGCCCCUCUUCCCCCUCCAUCCUUGGCCUGCCACACCAACUCCAGGGGCACACAAUCUUCAGGUCUGAUCUUCACCUGGGCCAAACACUCCUCCUCCUCCUCCUCCUCCUCCUCCUUUAUUUAAUUUGUAUACAGUGGUACCUCGGGUUAAGUACUUAAUUCAUUCCGGAGGUCCAUUCUUAACCUGAAACUGUUCUUAACCUGAAGCACCACGUUAGCUAAUGGGGCCUCCUGCUGCCGCUGCGCCGCCAGAGCACGAUUUCUGUUCUCAUCCUGAAGCAAAGUUCUUAACCCGAGGUAAUAUUUCUGGGUUAGUGGAGUCUGUAACCUGAAGCGUAUGUAACCCGAGGUACCACUGUAUCACCCUUCAUCCAAAGAUCACAGGGUGGUUCAGAACAUAAACUAGACACUACACUAAAUGUGUUACUGUCAGUGCUUUUUUCCUGGGGGGACACGGGUACGCAUACCCCUAAACAUGUUGUGAAUCUAAGUUUGGCCUCAUUGAGGUACCGUAUUUCAAUAUGAGUAGGAAAAUGAGAGUACUGCUAAACAUUUUUUUAAGAAAUAAAAAAACACUGGUUAUUGUCAUCAUCAUAAUCAUUUAAUAAAUUUAUUAGCCGCUUUAUUGCAACCAAGGAAACGAACGAACGAACAAAAAUGCCACUGUACUGUAUUUUAAUAUUUUGUUGGAAGCUGCCCAGAGUGGCUGGGGAUGCCCGACCAGUUGGGGGGGGGUAUAAGUAAUAAAUUAUUAUUAUUAGUAGUAGUAGUAGUAGUAGUAUUACUAGCCAGGAUGGCUGUGCUCUGCCUCCGCGGUCAAGGCAGCAACGCUUCUGAAAACCGGUUCCUGGAAACCACAGAAGAAAAGAGCCCUUUUGUGCUUGGAUCCUGCCCAAGUAUUUCCCACAGGCUUCUGACUGACCCCUGUGAGAACUAGAUAAGCUACUGGUCUGGCCUAUCCUGUCUCUUGCUUCUCAGGGGCCUGGGACCACCUUCCUUUCCCUCCUGCAGGUCUUCUCUCUCCCCCAGGUGGGAGCCUCUCUGCUCAGCGGCCUGGAUCUCCACCCCCCUUCCUUUUCUCUCUUGCAGGAUUUAUUGGGGCUGCUUCUACUUCUUCCCUUGGCUUAGGAUGUGCAGGAGAGACAAAAGGGUGCAGCCGUGACAAGGUACGUCAGCGCAGCAGAGAUGGGAUGUGUGGUCAGCCAAAGCAGGUGGAGGUGGUCAGCAACUGGUCAUUCGCCUUGCAGGGUUUUGGUCUAUCUGGAAAUAAUGUCACUGGUGAUCAAACCUGAGGCUUAUGCAUGCAAAGUCGCUGCUCUGGCUCUGCGGCUGAGGCUCUUCACUCCCCCACGCCCAAAAAAGAGGUCUUGGUGGCACGAUAGAAACUGCACCCAAAGUCCGGCUGAGUGUGCUUCAGCAGCAGAAAGGCAGCUUCACAACAUUCGCUAGGAAAUGAUCUCUGGAAGUAGCAGAAAACCACCGUAAGAAUAGAAAUUUAAACGUGUAUAGUUCUGGUAAUCCCAUACAGUGGUACCUCGUGCAGAUAUUUAAUUUUUAAAAAAGGAUUAGAAGAACUACUGAAAGGGACACGGGUGGCGCUGUGGGUUAAACCACUGAGCCUAGGACUUGCCGAUCAGAAGGUCGGCGGUUCGAAUCCCCGCGACGGAGUGAGCUCCCGUUGCUCGGUCCCUGCUCCUGCCAACCUAGCAGUUUGAAAGCAAAAAGUGCAAGUAGAUAAAUAGGUACCACUCCAGAGGGAAGGUAAACGGCAUUUCCCUGCGCUGCUCUGGUUCUCCAGAAGCGGCUUAGUCAUGCUGGCCACAUGACCUGGAAGCUGUACGCCGGCUCCCUUGGCCAGUAAAGAGAGAUGAGCGCCGCAACCCCAGAGUCGGCCACGACUGGACCUAAUGGUCAGGGGUCCCUUUACCUUUACCUUUAGAACUACUGAUGGUACCUUUCCCUUAAAACAGGAGUCAGCAAACUUUUUCAGUUGUGGGCCAGUCCACUGUCCCUCAGACCUUGUGGGGGGCCAGACUAUAUUUUUUUUGGGGGGGGGAUGAACGAAUUCCUAUGCCCCACAAAUAACCCAGAGAUGCAUUUUAAAUAAAAGCACACAUUCUACUCAUGUAAAAACACCAGGCAGGCCCCACAAAUAACCCAGAGAUGUAUUUUAAUUGAAAAGACACAUUCUACUCGUGUAAAAACACGCUGAUUCCUGGACGGUCCGCGGGCCGGAUUGAGAAGGCAAUUGGGCUGGAGACAGCCCCCGGGCCUGCGUUUGCCUACCCAUGCAUUAAAAGUUCAACUAAGGGCUUGUCUCCGCUUCCACUUUCUCCGCCACUUUCCCCUGGGAAGAGCCCUAAAUUGCCUUCCUUGUGAAGAUCCCCUUAAGCAGUUAAAGAGGUUUUUAGCUUUAACUUAGAAGAAGGAAGAUGAGCUCUGCUCUCCCCUUUAAAGGACUCUCGUUUGGAAGGGGAGCUCAAAUUCCGCCAGGCGUGGUUUGACUCAUGAGCAGGGAGUCAAUUCCGGUGUCAUCCAUCAUGUUUAGUGUUGCUUUCGCAAGAGCACUGAGUUCGUGAGCAUGCAUGAAGCUGUGUUGCUUUGCAACCUGAGAUCCUUUUAACUGGAUAUGCCAUGGGGGAGCCUUCGCAUGCCAACGCAUGUUCCCUGCCACCGAACUCUGGGCCUCCUCCUCUGAUCUUGGCUUUGUUUCGAAAACCCAAGAGGGAGCGAAACAAGCCGGCGCAAAGGCGAGGCAAGGGGUUACGAUUUCACAGUGCGUGGGGGGCGAGAUCAGCUGUGAAAUUGAAUCUCCUCCCAGUAGCAAAUGUGCCUAGACAGAUCGCCCAGCCCCAGAGCCACGGCUGCUCCCCUCUGCACUUGGAACGACCAGAGGGCACGAACUUUACGGAAAAAGGCCGUAGAGCAACUGCUUUGCAUGCAGAAGGUUCCAGGUUCAAUCCUGCCAUCUCCAAGCGGGGUCAGGUAAAACUCCUCACCCGCUGGAAGAGUCAGGAUAAAAUAAAGUAUUUCUUCAUGCCAGGGGUGUAAUGCUCUUUGCCAGGCUGAUGCCAGGCGGGUGCUCACACACUGGGCAGGGGUAGGGCAUGGGUGUGGGUGUGUGAAGAGCAUCCAGUGCAGUCACCUGGCCCUUGCCACUGAUGGCCAGCAGGGCAUGAUCUCUGCAGGGGUGUCUGGUUUGCGCCUGCCAAGAGUCUGGCUCCUCACGCUAAGCCACUGCUUCAUGCAGAGCAUCAUUAGACAGUGGAACUCCCUCCCACAAGAGGCAGGGAUGGCCACAAGGCUGGAUGGCUUUAAAAGAGGAUGGGGAAAAUUCUUGGAGGACGAAAGGGCUACGGAUGGCUUCUAGCCAGGAUGGCCGUACUCUGCCUCUACAGUUGGAGGCAGUAAUGUUUCUGAUUCUGAGUUGCUGGAAACUAUGGGAGAAGAGAUUGCCCUUGUGUUUGAAUCCUGCUUGGUUUCCCAGAAGAGGCAUCUGGUCAGCCGCUGGGAGAACAGGAUGCUGGAUCAGUUCUUACAAAACCACGGAGCGCCUCUGCCAGCCAGUGUAGGGAAUAUUGAGCUAGAUGGAGGAGAUUCUGUGUAAGGCAGCUUCCUCUCCUCCUCCGUUUGUGAGUCUCCCCACAACCGCCUUCCAGAGCCAGCUCCAAGGCAGACACCAGCAAGGAGAGACCACAGCCAGGCUGGACGCAAAGGGGCUGGGAAUGGCUCUGGCUGGGGCUGAUGUCAGCUGUCGUCCAAAGCAGCUGGAGGGCGCCUGUUUGGGGAAGCCUGCUCUGGGGUGUGGGCCUCAUGCUUGACGGGGCGAAAGAUGGCUUUGCGCUCCUCUCAUCUUUCUUGCCUUUUCCUCCCUCCAGUUGACCCCAGGCAGGGGGCGCUUCCUGUGAUGUUUUCCCUGCUGCCAGGACCCCGGUUUCACCCCAUCACUCCCUCCCCCCAAAUAUGCCCCCUAUCUUUAGCCAGAUCCCGAAGGAUGCAACACAAGCCUCUAUUUGCCCUGCCCAGCGCUGGCCGCCCAGAUAUAUCCCAGUUGCUGUUCUUUGGAAGGACUGAAAUCUGCAACACCC